AUGGAGUCACCGUCGCUGUCGCCACGUUCGCACCGAGAGUCGGUGGAUGUGAGCACCGAGGAUCUAAUGCAUCCGCUGGAGGCUCGUGUGUUUCAUUUGUCGCAGGAGCUCACACAGACAGACCCAGACGUGCCCGCGCUCUCGGACGACGAGGUCAUCACGAAGCUCAAUAUGAUUGCAGAGACACUCGAGGAAGUGGAAACUAAUUUCCGCAAGGAGCGGUCGUCCCCCUACCGUCGCGAUGGCCACUUGAUUGGUAAUCUUCUGCAAGUGCUGGAACAGAACGAAGACUUCUACCCGAUGCUGGAGGGGAAACUAUCGGAUCUCAGCGUAAACCGCGUCAAGGCGGCAACAUGCCGCCUACUGUUAGCCACGGUGCCAGUGAACAGCAGAGCGAUUGUGCGUGUGCUAGACGGCGACGACGAGAUGCUGGAGCGUGUGUGCGGGUUCGCUACUGACACCGACCCAGGUCUGCGCUGUUAUGGGACAGGGCUACUCUCCGUGGGGUUACGGGACCGCUCAGUUGCGGACACAGUUGUGAACAACGACACACCUGUUAAGUUGCUGAAGCGAGCACGAAUGUUUGCGUCAAAACUGGAAAAGGAGAGACAGCAAGCCGUCAAGUAUAUUCAGGACCAUCUUCGUCUUGCUAGUUCUCGUCAUAAAAAGACCGUAAACACUGGAGGCGGUGCAACAACCAAAGCGACUACACCACAGCGAUCAUUGAAGCGUAAACACUCGGACAGUAUCAGUCGAGCGCCUAGUCACGGGGCUGAGCAUAGCGAGAAUACCGAUACACUGGCGACAAUGGAAGUUGAAGAAGAAGAACCGACUGCUACGAUCCCAAUCCAGCAAUCUCUUCCACUUUCGACCAAUGAAGAGGACGGAAUGGGGAGUUUCGGCGAAGACGGACUCGUGAUGCCUAGUCCAGAGCAUCACGAAGAGGAUUUCAAGCGCUUAGUGAUGCUGGAGCUGUUGUAUACACUGGACUGUCUUGGAUCCAUGGGGGAAUACUUGGAGAUCUUCGCUCCAGCGUUGAAAGAAGAUAUCAUCGGGACUAUUAUCACGUUUCUACACAGCAAGAACCCGGCUGUGAUCUCGCACACAAUGACACUAACGUCGCAUUUCCUAGCUCAUAAGAAGUUCUCCCUCUCACUAGUCGAAGCGGGAGGUGUGGAUCUGCUCUUCACUGUCUUCAAGUCGCAACAAGCAGCAGGUCAAGUGGGACUACUGGAUCGUAGUUUAUCCAUGUGUCUGCACGGGUUUGCGUCUUCGUCUGCAGUUAUCGAACGGCUGGUUGUACUAAACCCAGACAAUAUGCUCUCCGCUGCGUUUAAACUGCUUUCCAGUCCCAACGACCGUGCUCGACAGAAUGCUGUGGUGUUUUUCAGCUUGACUCUGAGUUUCAAGGUCAUUCUCGACUACUUCGAGAAGCACAACGGCUUGUACACUAUCCUGAACAUUAUUCGCGUUGGCAAUCACCCAAAGUCAGCAGCACAAAGACAACUAGCGCAAGAUGCGUGUCUGUGCUUGCGUCAAUAUGUGCGCAUGCACAUGGCGCUGGUAACGCAUCGCCUUCGGAGGAAAUUGGCUCAGCUGAAUCACCCGUCCAAUCGCCAGUCCAACACGGCACCGGUGCUAACGACAGCGACCGUGGCGUCACGGAUUCCAGCUCGUGUUCCGAAGAUCACGUGGUCUAAAGCUAUCGAUCUGGACGACAAAACGCACGAACAAAACAUGGUAUUCUACGAGAAAUAUCGCUUCAGUGCUAGUAGCGGCAACUCCAACAACUCGUGGUCGGCUGCAAGUGCCCCAGGUGGAGCCAUGUGGCCUCCUGCGGCCAAGUUGAACCAUUUACGCGGCGUUCUUGUGCUUCUCGAGGUCGUGGCUUUAAUGUGUUCCGUGAUGCAGAACACAGACCCGGACGCUAACUCGACGAUCCGGAUAUGGACUGCAGAACGCGCGCAGUUUUGUUUGGAUUCGUUGCGAGUGUUGACGUUGGUGGUGCCAUCUCUAGCGAACGAAGUGUGCUCGACUGAAGUGUCUGUGGAGGAGAACGGCGCGUCGAAGAAGAUCGGUAUGACUAUCUUACUGGAGAUUGCUAUGAGUAGCAAUGCUAGAGACUCGGAGCUGGUACGAGACGCGCUGCGUGUGUUUUGCAACUGUGUCUCGCCUCCUCACCACGAAGAUUGCUGGCAACAUCCUUUAAAGGACAUUCGACAGUACACCUUAACAGCUAGAAGCAUGAGGACCAAGAAGGAUGACCAGACAGAGACAGCAGACCCGGACAACUGUUCAAACUGCUGUUCGAAGGCCAAAGACGACAAGACGUUGAGACCUGUACGGAAGCUCGCACGUGAACGCAAUGCGAUCAAAGUGUGCGUCUAUCUGCUGCGUUACAAGCGCUCGGUUCAGAAUGCCGACGCUAUUCGUCUGUUAUCAACACGAGCCUUACUAGGGCUUUCUCGUGACCGUCAUAUCUCCCAGAUCCUUGAGAAAAUGCAAGUCGGACAGCUAUUGUCUGAUAUGAUCCGUAGUGACCCUGUGCUGGAGGAGAACGCAGACAUCCACGUACGUUUCCGAGAGUCUGCGUUGGAUUUGAUCUCACACGUGACACAUCGAGCUUCUAAUGUGGUGAUUAACGAGGCUACAGACCCUACAGUGAGGAAGAUUGAGAAGGCUAGUAUCGUUGCGAAUACCAAGAUCUCGUACGACGAGAACGAGCUGCUGCGACUGAUUCACGAUCAUUUGGUUACGAAAGGGUUACAUCACGCAGCUGCUGCUCUCGUGGACGACGCGAAGAUCAACGUGUCAACGCCGCAUAGGAAACAGACCGUAGUCGACCAAGAAGUCCCGUCUAGUGUCCUGAGUCGACGAGAAAGCGGCUAUCUAAGUGGAGAGGAGACUCCGCGUCCCAAGAAGCUGCAGCGCGUGUCUUCUCUUGGCUCCAUCGUGCCAGAACUAGGGAAGAUCCAAGUUGCAGAAGGCUCUCCCUUUCGCAGACGUCAUUUCUUCCAGGAUCCAACCCCCACCCAGUCCGUGACUUCUCCUCGAGUUGUGACGGAGACUACGUGUCCAAAUGCUCUCCAGAAGCUUCCGAUCAACGCGCGAUGGAGCGCGAACAGCGAAGCGACCUCCGUGUCCCCAUCCAGUAAAUUGGACGAGAUCAUCACGCAUUUCUUGCGAGAACAACACCGUCAAUGCGCCAACCCAGUGACCACUGUACCGCCGUUUAAACUGCUGGGUAAAGGCUCACGGCAUCGCUGUCCAGACCCCCCAGCCACGUUGUCAAACUUGAGCAUCUGUUCGCGUCUACUACGUCGCAGUCGAACAGGUUAUCGUGUCGGGUCUUCUGCGUUCUCCUCGUACUAUGCUGAUGCAGGGAUCGAUCGCUAUGUCUUCAGUCGCUAUCGUCCGUAUCGCACAGUAGGCGCACACGUCGGGUCUUUCGCAUGGGGAGGCGUGAGUGUCGCUCGAUUCUUCGGUUCAAACCAACAAGAUAUGCUGAUUGGCAACCACGACGGAGAAUUGCGUCAAUUCAGCAUUGAAUCUGACGAAGUUGUGGAGGAAUGGACGUGUCACUCGCCGUCAAGUGCCAUUGUCAACUUAGAAACGAACGAAGCUACGUCCAUGGGUCUUCAAAGUCGAUUGAUAUUGACUGGAGCUGUGGCGCUGUCCGAACUUGCAGUGAACGAGAUCGCACUCUGGGAUGCGAACGAUACAAGUGCGUUGGUGGAGCGCUGGCGGUUCCAAGGUGGUCUUCGUCCUCAGUUUAAUCACUACGGCGACCGAAUUGUCGCGCUGGAUGGUCGAGAAGACGAAGGACUGGGCUUUACUGUCAAGGGGGCUGUGGUUCUCGACAUUGCGACUGGAGACGUCUCGUGUGACUUGAAAGACGCAAAGAGAUCGAACGAUUACGGCGCCGAAACGAACUGCUGCUUCUCUCCGUGUGACGGGACGAUUCUUACCGAUGGCAUGUUGUGGGAUGCUCGGAUCCCCACUCGUGCGUUGUAUAAGUUCGAUAAGCUGUCGAAUUUCGGCUGUGGCUUCUUCCAUCCAAACGGGAACGAGGUGAUUGUGAACUCGGCAGUGUGGGAUCUUCGUACCUAUCGCUUGUUGCGUAUGGUACCAGCGUUGGACAAGUGCAGCAUCAAGUUUAAUCCGUCGGGUAGUGUGCUGUUCGCAUAUUAUCCGUAUGCAGGGGGUGACUUUCUGGAGCGUAGGAAAACCAAAUUGAAGUCGUGGUUCCGCGUAUUGGACGCACGCGACUACCGAGACAUCACGACGAUCGAUCUGGGGCGUCCAGUGUUUGAUUUGAGCUUAAACACGAAGAGCACGCUGCUUUCUGUGGUGGAAGGGCGCUAUUUGGAAGCUGGAGACGUCGAAGACGACGACUCUAUCUGUCGUCUCUAUGAUGUCGGGCGUAAGCGACCUGCUGAAGACGAUUCCGAUGCUGAGGAUGGAGAGGACGAGUCCGAUACACUGGAUGACGACGAUGAGGAUGCGGCUGCACAUAUUCUUGCUGUUGAGGAGGACAGCGAGGAAGAUGGGGAUGGAUCUAUCCUAUCGACGCAUGAUCUUGGCUAUUUAUUAGAGCUCCCUGACACCACGUACUAUGAAGUGCACGGCCAGUAUUCAAGCGACGAAGACGAUGCUGAAGAAGAAGACUAG